AUGGGUGGCGGAAACGGUGCCAAGUCGGCUCACAAGCGCGAGAUGAACGCGAAGAACGCCAAGAAGGGCCCCAGCUCGCAGCUCGCCUCGAACGCUGCCGCUCUCACUAUCCAGUGCGACGUCUGCAAGCAGGCUUUCCAGGGCACCUCGAAGCAGCCUCUCCUCCAGCAGCACGUUGACAGCAAGCACUCGAAGCUCGCCUUCACCGCUUGCUUCCCCAAGUUUGUUGCCGCCUAG